CUCUUGAAUGAGUAUCAAAUCAAUGACUGAUCUUGCUGAGCUCCAACUUCACCUACGUGAUGAACAUGUCCACUUGGGGAUACUCAAACAAAAGCUGCGCAAAUGCCAAAUACUCUCAAUGUCAACCAACGACUUCACUUUGGGUGAAGCUGAACCUGCUAGUAAUCCAGGUCACCCGCCUGACAAUUCAAACUCGGAGGCAGAAGCUCUACAUAGUCCAUCUUCUACAUGCGGGAACUCAAUGGACGACAUAAUCAUAGAUGAAGACCCAGAGGUUGUGACAUUCGGACAAAUACAUGUAUCAAUCUCUCAGCUAUUCAACUUCGAGGAUACAGCUUGGAUACAGGAACUUGAGCUAUAUGACCUGGUUAGUCUGGAUGCUCCUGGUGAGUUAGACGAGUCUUUGGACAUGGACACUUUCAAGGAGUCUGUGCUGACUUCGGCACCAUGAUUUUUGGGAUAUAACUUAUAUAUUUCAUGUAAUAUAGAUACACACUGUCUGUCUAAAUAUGCCCUCUUUGCUCUUUCAAAA